AAAACAAGCCAACAUGGCGCCGGACAUGAGUGGUUUUUGCCGAUACGGGCGCCACUUUCAAUCCUUUUCCAUCCAUACAAAAAUGUAGAUACAAGCUAGUGUUUGCAGUUAUGUUCGAUAUCCGGAGGCGCAUUAUUUCAAUGUGCGGCAGAGAGUUUUGCUGUUGAAGCAGCAGUGAGUGAAAGUCAAAGUGUUAUGGAGGAAGUCGAAAACAAGAGAGAAACAUUUUUACGGGUCCGGGCAAACAGACAAACAAGAUUGAAUGCCCGUAUAGGAAAGAUGAAGAGGAGGAAGCCUGAGGAGGGGGGCCAGGUAUGUCCGCUGUGCAGCGCCCCAUUGGCUGGGAGCGAGGAGGAGAUGAGUAGACAUGUGGAACAAUGCCUGAUCCAGCGUGAGGGCGCAUUAGGCGAUGACGACUCCGCAGACAUGGAUGGCGAGAAUGGGCGGGGCUUUGAAGAGUACGAGUGGGCGGGGCAGAAGAGGAUCAGAGCUACAGCCUUACUGGAGGGAGGCUUCAGAGGAACAGGCUUUGCCACGUGUAGUAUCAAAGAGAGCGCAGCCGACAGCGACGCCGACCUAGACGUGGACGGAGACGACACCUUAGAGUAUGGAAAGGCCCAGUACACCGAGGCUGACAUCAUCCCCUGCUCUGGCGCCGGAGAGGACCAAGGAGAGGCCAGGGAGAGGGAGGCGCUACGGGGAGCCGUGCUCAACGGUGGAAUGCCCUCCAAUAGAAUAACACCAGAGUUCUCCAAAUGGGCCAGUGAUGAAAUGCCUUCAACAAGCAACGGAGAGAGCAGCAAGACAGACCCCAGUACCCCCUCUUCCUCCUCCUCUUCCUCCUGUGUCCCUCGUACCUGUAAAAACAGCGAGAUCGAAAAGGUAACAGAGGAGGAGUCCACGGCUACCACUAUGGAGGCUCUGAAGGCUCGAAUCCGAGAGCUGGAGAAGCAGAUACUGCGAGGAGACAGAUACAAGUGUCUGAUCUGCAUGAGAAAACCUGCUAUCCAGUCAGGUGCGGAGAUCAAGAGCCUAGGGGUGUGGCCAGGGCCCCGGCCACUGGCCAAUGAGGUCGGAGAGAGGCAGCCUAAGUCCCUCCCCCUCGGCCUGUACUGCCUGUACAGGGGCCUUGUGAUUGGUGGCUACGGCAGCGGCAUAAAGAGGCUCCUCCCACAGCCCCUACGGAGGGACUCCUACACGAUGCCGCUCACCUCCAUCCAGUGCUGGCACGUCCAUUGUGAAGAAUGCUGGCUCAGGACUCUGGGGAACAAGAAGCUCUGCCCACAGUGCAACACCAUCACCUCACCUGGCGACCUGAGGCGCGUCUAUUUGUAAAGAGCACACCCCCGCCUUCCGGUCCUUCUGAUCCAUUCCGCCUUCCAUCUUGGAUUUCACCACCCUUCCAGUCGAUCUUCAUUUGUUUGACCCCCCCCCCCACCUCCCACCUUCCACCCCCAACCCCCCUUCUACCCGGCCUGCGUUGGUUGCUGAAGACCCCCUCAGGAGCACACAGAGACAGGACGGCCGUCUUUGAGACUCCGCCGGCUCUUUAAGGACGUUGAAACCGGCUUGAAUGACUGACUGGUGGUAGCUACUGACUCUGCCCGACUCGCUGCCUGGCAACCACCACCAACUAAAAAAACAACAAAAAAAAAAGACAACUCUCAGACGUGCAAUCCAACUGGUGGAGGGCCUUGUUCCCUCUGGGCUCCAUUUACAUGAACGGUAUCACCCGCUGAAAGACUGAUAGCGAAUGGAGAUCUUGAUACCUAACGAUCCCAAACCCCGGCUGAAACCUCCACACGGUCAUCUCUCGCUUUUCCAAAUAGCUUCACUCUGCUGGAGCUGGACUUAACGGAACUUAAUCUGGAAUCUAAAAAAAAACUCUUUUUCUUCGCCUCUAGCUCCUCUUCGAUAUGUCAGUGGUGCUGGACCGCGGACUAGUAACUUGACAGAAAGCCUUUUUGUUUGUUUUUUUUUUUUCGAGAAACUCUUCAAAUCUUCGCCUCUGUUGCUUCAAAGAAUUUACAAAGGGCCUUCCCGUUCUAAAGAAAAAGAAAAAAGACUGACGAUAACCUCACAACCUUGAACAGGAGUUUGACACUCCUCCUUCUAUCCACCUCUUCUUCCUACAACCCCUUUCCUCCCCUCUUUUCCCCCAUAUUUUGUGGUGUUCUAGUGAAGUAAACCAAAUUUUUUUCCCCUCUGAAAUGCAGUGCAAGCACAUGUAAUAUAGUUCUAUGUAUGUUUACAAUGUUGGGUGUAAAUGACAUAGAGUUCACACACACACACACACAAAAAACACACACAUUCAGACGUAAAUGCAUACGCACAUGUCGCCAUCAUCAGACACACACAGAAGUAUAUAAUAUCAGAGUCCAGUUUUGAGUUGGAAGGGUAUGGGAAAGAUGUUUGGGGGGAAAAAAAUGGCUGGAAGAAUAAUAAGAAAAAAAAGAAGCCUUCUGUAUUUUUAAAAAAAAAAGAUAAUUUGAAGAUCCAUCUAAGUUUUAUUUCACUGUACAGGAAUAUAAAAAAAGUAAUGACCUACUCAAAUAGAUGGUGACGAUUUAGGUGGAGUACUUUUUCUGCCGAGUAUCCUAAAGAGCUGUAGUUCAGAACAUGAAGCAAGGAAAAGUCUUUGAUUCUUUUUUUGUUGACUAGAAAGAUUCCUAUCGCCCAAGAUUUAUCGCAAAACAAGCAGAAUGAUGGAACUGCUCAUUAGUUGCAACAAAAUCCAACUGAGCCUUUUCUUUUAACCUCCAUUUCUGCUUCCUCUCUGUUGGAGAAUCAGAUCAUAGUCUAGAUGCUUUUGUUUUACCCCUACAUGUCUCAAGAGAAAACUUUCUCCAUAGUUCUUAUACUGCAAAUGCUGCAAAAUCGUCCUAAAAUGGCAACCCGAAGGGCAGCUUCUUUCUAGCUAAAAAUGGAUGAGGGAAGUCUCUGGUAAAGAAGGAUGGCCAAAGCUGAACUGGCAACCUCCAGACCUGCAGAAUUUCCCCAGUUUUCCUCUUAUGACAACAGCAGCAGCAGCAGCCAAGGUGGUGGUGUGCUUUGUGUUUGUAAAAUUGUAUUCUGUGACGUCUGUAUUGUUGUAAGAAAUGCUGAAAAAAAAUGAAAAAAUAAAACUUCUCAAAUACCA